AUGACAGUCGAAGCAAAAACGUUCACGAACAAAUCUAAUGGCGAAACAUUCACAAAAGGCACCUAUAACGGUAUUGAAGUCUUACGUAGAGACAAGGAUGGUUAUAUAAAUGCAACAAAUAUGUGUCAGCAGUUUAGGAAAGACUUUAGAAAGUUGUUGGAAAAUAAGUCCUGGGAAGAGUAUUUUAAGGCAUUUUGUGAAGAAUAUACCACCCGCCGGAAUUCCGGCGGGUGCUUUUUAUACAAUGUUAAUGCAGGAAUUCCCGAUGAAAUCAAACAGGUUAGAGGAACGUAUGUAGACCCAAGACUCGUAAACUAUAUAGCAAUGUGGGCUUCUCCAAAAUAUUGCAUAGCAGUUGGAAAAAUUAUGGACUCCAUAGACAAGAAAGUUCAUGAGAAAUUAG